UGUAAAAUAAACAGAGGAAUUUUAAUUGUCAUAAAUGUCAAUGAGAUAGGUGUAAUUCAGUUUGAAUAUAAUCUAUUAAUUGUGUAUCAAGUUGAUUUUUAACACUGAACGUGAUGGCAAAAGAUAAUUCAAAUGAAAUUAUUCUGUGCUACUAUGAUUGUGUACUUAGAGUCAGAGAUGUAGCACUACUUCGAGGGACACAUUGGUUAAAUGAUGUUAUAGUAGGAUUUUAUUUUGAAUAUUUGGAUGUUAUGAUUAAUAAGAAUGGAAAAAAGGAGAUAUACUUUAUAAGUCCUGAACUAACACAGUUAUUGAAAUUAACAGAUCCAUCCCAGUAUAAUUUAUUUUUUAAUGAUGUGAGUGUGGCAGAAUGCAAGUGCAUAGUUUUUCCACUAAAUGAUUGUGAUAACAGAGAAUCUGCUGGAGGAUCACAUUGGAGUUUACUAGUAUAUUGUAAACAAGAAAAGACAUGCUAUCAUUUUGACUCAUCUAAAGGUUGCAAUUAUAGUAUUGCUGAAAACUUUGCAAAAAAUGUAAUGAAUUAUAUGCUUGAUAAAGAUGAACCUAACAAGAAAUUCAUCGAACCAGAUUGUCCACAGCAAGAUAAUGCAUAUGAUUGUGGAAUUUAUGUUUUAUGCUUAACAGAUAUAGUUACAGAGUAUGUUUUAAAGACUGGAAAGUUAAGCGAUUGUAACUAUAGUCAAGCUAAGAAUUUAGUUUCUACCAAACGUACACAAUUAUUAAACCUAAUAAAUGAAAUAAAACAUGAAGAAAGUACUGAAAAAUGA